AUGGCACUCCCUCUACCGGUUAUCCGGGGUGGUGCGGGGACAGCAUCUCCUCCUGGCCCGGGGCACGGCUACGAGUCCCCGACCGAGGAGAACUAUCUCGAAUAUUUCGCAACAGCUCCAGGGACCAUGACGCCAGUCUCUCAAAUCCAUGUUCGCUCUCGGCCGACACUUCUCUCUCGACCGUCAUAUGUUGCCGCCCUGCCACCUGAUCCUCACGUUCUCGGUGCGAGCCUCGCUGCUCUGGACGAUGUGGUCGCCACGGCCGAAAAGAUACCACCAAACUCCAAGGUGUCUAUUAAAGAUCGUAUUAAAUGUUAUCAAUGGACUUAUUUUACAAUGGUGCGGUUAUUUCAGCUCCGUUCCGGCCUACUAUGGCAACUGGCGGUGUUGCGAACGUCAUAUAUGGCUGUACGUGCUUUCCCCCUUGCCAUCUAUCUAAUAUAUUUGAGAAGUAACAGUUUUGGGAUAGUGGGAUACAACUCCGCCUGGGCGAAUGGCUUUGGGCUUUUCUUUUAUCUGCUGAACAUUAUUUUGUUUUUAAACAACUGUGUCUGUAUAAGCGUUCGCUUUCACCUCAUGCGCGGCAGCUUUAUAAAAUCCUUUACUGAUCAAUUUGAAUGCUUGUUCAUUCCCGCAUUUUAUGGUGUUGAGCAUUCGGGCUUUUGGCUUUUUAAAACCUUGCAGGUUCUAUUUUGGUUUUACGUCGCGUUGAGCGUCCUUGCUAGCGCUGGGAUAGUGUUCCCAGUCCAUACGAUGACUCCUACGUGGGUCUUUCCGGCAUACCCUCUUCUUGUGAUUGCACCAUUCGCGGCAAACCUGAUCGCCGCUGCCGAACGUUCUGGCAACUUAUGGGUACUGAACAAGCCUGCAGUUGCUAUGUGCGCCGUCACUCUACAGGGAACAGGAUGCUUAAUAGCCUUUAUGAUAUCUGCUGCCUUUAUUUACAGAUUGAUGACUCAGAAGCUACCUCGAGACAUACAGCGGCCUGGUGUUUUCAUAUCAAUUGGUCCAUAUGGCUUCACUGCUGCUGGAAUAGUGCAACUCGGACAGCAAGCCAACCUCAUCGUCCCCCCAAAUUUCUUAGGGUCUGAGAUCACCGUGGAUAUUUUCAAAGUCUUAUCUGUUUUGGUUGGCCUUUGGUUUUGGGGUCUCUCCAUAUGGUUCUUUCUUGUCUCGCUUGGCUCCCUGUGGAAGUAUGUCCGCACGGGAAGCUCCAUUCCAUUCCAAAUGACAUGGUGGUCGUUUGUGUUUCCCAACACCGCACUUGUUACGGCUACUCAAACCAUGAGCAAGGUCUUCGAUAGCAAGGGUAUCCACAUUUGUGCUUGUGUUUUGACUGUGGUUCUAGUUAUUGUGUGGGCUGGUGUCUUUAUCACAAUGCUGCACUGUUUGAGAACUAAGAAACUUCUUUACCCCAAGCAAACCAAAUAG